UCGCUUGGGGGAAGUGUGUGAUUCCGAAAGUGACUUGUAAUAGCUGGUGUAGUUUUAAUUUUUCCUUCCAGUUUAGCGGCCGUGUUAUUGUUCUUCAGGAAUAUAUUCUGUCAUUUGUAAAAAGAAGCGGUUGUUGUAGCAAUAUUUUGUAAAAAUGGUAGGCGUGAAGGUGAUCGGGAAUGAUUCAGAAUUCCAGCCUGAACUUACAAGCGCCGGCUCAAGACUCGCCGUAGUGAAGUUCACAAUGGCCGGGUGUCGACCUUGCGUUAGAAUAGCGCCUGCUUUCAACAUGUUCAGUAACAAGUACCCACAGGUUGUGUUCCUUGAAGUAGAUGUGCACGUCUGUCAGGCAACCGCUGCUGCCAACAAUAUUUCAGCGACGCCCACAUUUCUGUUCUUCCGGAACAAAGUACGGGUCGAUCAGUACCAGGGGGCCGAUGCCUCCGGGCUGGAAGAGAAGAUCAAGCAGCACGUGGAGAACGACCCGGGAAGCGGCGAGGACUCGGACAUCCCCAAAGGAUACAUGGACCUCAUGCCGUUUGUGAACAAAGCCGGGUGCGAAUGCCUAAACGAAAGUGACGACAGCGGCUUCGAGAACUGCCUAAUGAAGGACUCCGCCUCCUACCUGGAGUCCGACUGUGACGAGCAGCUACUCAUUACGAUGGCCUUCAGUCAGCCCGUGAAGCUGUUCUCAAUGAAGCUUCAUUGCUCUGAUUUUGCCCAGGCGCCCAAGGUCGUGAAGGUCUUCAUCAACUUGCCCCGCUCGAUGGACUUCGAUGACGCCGAGCGGAGCGAGCCCACCCAGGCGCUGGAGCUGACCGAGGACGACGUCAAGGAGGACGGCCUGAUCCCGCUGCGCUACGUCAAGUUCCAGAACGUCAACAGCGUCACCCUGUUCAUAAAGUCCAACCAAGGGGAUGAGGAGACGACAAAAGUGAAUUAUUUAACUUUCAUCGGGACCCCUGUACAGGCAACAAACAUGAACGACUUCAAGCGGGUUGUGGGCAAGAAAGGAGAGAGUCACUGAAGAGGACAAGAAUACUGGACACAUUGCUGCAAUUCCUCACUGGAGUUCCCUCUACCAAAGCUACGUGGUUAGCUCUGACAUAACACAGGCCGGCGCCUCUCCUCGGGAGUUGCCCCACGUUUUAUUUCCUAGGGCAAAAGGCAUGGCUUUGGCCGAGGCGACUCGCUCAAUCAUUUGUAUUCUAAUCCUGAAGAAACUGUAAAUAAAGUCAAUCCUUUUUCA